AAAAGAGGAAAAAAAAGGCUGAGGCGUUGGAAAACGAUUAUAAAAGUGGUGCUCGGCUCGGGUGAAAAUGUAGCCCCGAGGAAUUUUCGGUUGCGCUCCGGUGGAUAAAUAAUGAUCAUGUGUAUUCGUGACGCGUGUGCGUGCCGAGCCAUCUGUUUGAUCGGCUCCCCUGCUUCACGCGGAUGUAACGUAUAUCAUAACAUCAUCGUUCGAACAAAAGAAUACGUGAGCUUGCGACGACGGUAACUGCACUCUGUCGCGCCUCUUUCUGUGGUUGAAGAAAAAACCAAAAACAAAAAACAAAUAACCCUUGUGUUAAUUAUUGGAUGCCAUUAAUUUAUUGUUGAUCUCAUCGAUGGGUGCGAGAUAUUGUUAGAGAAAGUCCCCCACGUCCCCGUUGUGGUGCGCGUGGACAAAUUAACAAUGCAAAGUGCAAAUAAAGCACCCAAUGGUCGGGACAAAUAAUUAAAUGUCCUGGGUGUCGAUGAACGAGAGAAAAAAGAAAAAAAAAAAAAAAAAAAAAAAGACAUGCAGCCGAAGAAAAACGACAGUACGGCAGUAGCGAGCAAAAUGUGCGCCAGACUGUUGGCCUGUCCCCUGUGCUCGCAGCCGGGCUUCCUGACCCUGGACGCCCUGCGCGCCGGCCUCGUCAGCGUAGCCACGCGUCCCCUCGCCUGUCCCGUGUGCAACGAGGUCCUCCUCGGCAUCGACAAGCUCACCAUACACCUGUUCAGCCACGCCAUGAGCAACCCCUCGGCCACCGAGACGGCCGCCAAGUUGAUCCAAGUCCGAAGCGCCCAGGCCUGGAACAGCGCGCUCCUCGGCACGACUAUGGCUGCCGAUGGGAACAACGAAAACGCCGCGGUCAGGCACCCGGACGACCCCGGGACUAGCGGCAUCUACAUACCGAUCGACGACAUCGACAACUUUAGGAAUCUCACGUCCAUCGCUACCAAGGACGCCAGUGUCGUUGUACCAGCGAGUAAUGGACAGGGGCAUGGUAAUGGAAUGAAGGCACCAGGCCAGGUGAUCUUCCUGCAGAACGUUACGGCGGCGCAGCCCAAGAUCCUGGGCGUCAUCAACCAGGCCGAUCCCCACGACCAGCUGCCACCGGGUAUAUAUCAAACGAUAGCCACAACGGAUGCCCCAGAGGUGGAGGAUCGGGACGACGGCGGACCGAUUCAAGCUAACGUCGUCAUCACCGUGAACGGGAUGAUCGACAAGGCCGGGAAGGAGUCCUUCAUCCAGGCCUCCUGGCCGGAGGGGCCGAAGCGGAGCGAGUAUCCGCCCUCGCAUACCGAUCGGCUGGCCGAUCUCGUCAAAAACUCCCAGAUCGCAGCGUCGCCGUUGGGAACGUAUCACGAGUCGUUCGACUGUUCGAAGCCGGAGUCGAGUCCGCCGAUGUCGCCGCGGUCCCGGGACGAGCCGCCGAGACCGAAGCCCCAGGUCAAGUCGACGCAGAUACUCACGGCGGCCGAGCGUACCGAGCGCUGCGACGUUUGCGGCUUCAGUUUUCCCGAUCGCACGAUUCUCACGCUGCACAAGCAGCUCGUGCACAUGAUCAGGGCCAAGGACGCGAAAACCACACCCGAGACCGCCACGAAGAAUUAUCCCUGCCACUUGUGCGCCAAGGUCUUUAAGAUGCGGGGCAGUCUCAUGGUGCACAUGAGGGUUGCCCACCCAAACAUCAGUGCAGCGAUCAGAAGAGAACUCAAUGCGCAGCAGCAGGAGAGUGGUGGCAACGAACAGGAUUCCGAAGCUCCCGACAUCGAGGGCGGCUACAAUUGUCCAAUUUGCGGGAAAAAUUUUAAAAAAGAACAGCAUGUCGCUCAGCACUUGAAAGUCCACGAUGGCAAACAGUACGAGUGCGACGAGUGCUCGAAACAAUUUACCACAAAGUACUUCCUCAAAAAGCACAAGAGGCUCCAUUCGGGGGAAAUGCCCUACAAGUGUACCAUCUGCGACAAGACCUUCACGUUUCAGCAAUCCUUCUACAAGCACAGGAUGUACCACAAGGACGAAAAGCCGCACUCGUGUAUCACCUGCGGCCGGUCGUUCAAGGAACUGUCGACGCUGCACAACCACGAGAGGAUCCACACGGGUGAAAAACCGUUUGCCUGCGAAACGUGUGGAAAAAGUUUUCGGCAGCGUGUCUCGUAUUUGGUUCACCAGCGCAUCCACACCGGUGCCAUGCCGUACAAGUGCGCAGCGUGCGAUAAAAACUUUCGGUACAAGGUCAGUCAAAGAACUCACAAGUGCAAUCAACAGCCUGCUGACACAGUAGUACAGCAACCGGGAGUUUUUUCGCAAAAUCCGCUAGUUACGUCCGAAACGUCGGAAACUUCAAUGGAGAGAGGUCAAGACAUGGAGGUAUCUGAAAUAAGUAAAGAAAGUCAAUACGUUGUGGCUGGUGGCAACGAGGAUCAACCCGAAAUGAUAAGAAAGGAUGGCCACAGCAAUGACGAAAGUGUCAAUAAAAGUGACUCAAACGACACGAAUGAUUUCAUACAGAGGAUUUGGAGUCAAGACUCGACUGCUGUAAUGGAGUACAAGAACAGUGAACCCAAGUCUGUCGAAGUUAUCAAUAUAGAAAAAGAUAAAAAAGAAAAGAGCGUGUGGAAAGAAACAACCGAUUGUCGAAACAAUGCUAGUAUUCUGGAAGACAGCAUUUCAAAGCAUUUUGCAGUGAAAGAAGUCAAUAAUGAGUUCACGAACAAUCUAUGGAAUGAUUCUUCAGCGAAUGAAGUAAAUUACGAAAAAUUGCCAAACAACGAUCAAUUGAACAAUACUAAUGACUUCUUUUCUAUGGUAAUGUCUCCUCUAGAAAAUGGAGUGUCCUCACCCUCCACUGAAAUGGAACACUUGAGGCUAUCUUCCCCAGUUAACAGUCAAGAAAACGCAACUUCGGAUGUUACAGAUUGUUUUUCUACCCUUGAAAAUAGUAGCCCAAGUGCCGUUCAGGUAGACUGUAACGAUAUUCAACGAAAUUUUAGUGAUAAUAACAGUAAUCUUUCCACACUUCAAACCAUUAACGAUGAUUCGUUAAAAGAAUUGUUGUAUGGUAUUGACAAUAAAUAGAUAUUGUGUAUAUUUAGUUACUAGUUCGUGUUACCAUUUUUUUUUAAUGUUUAAUAUAUACUAAUUACUUUUUUUUACAUAAAAUUACGAUUGUGAGACCGUAGUAUGCAUACCAUACUCUUGUUUACUGCAUGUGUUUUUUUGUUAUGAUGAGAGGUCCUUGAGUU